CCUGAUAUAGCAUUAUAUACAUCAACAACUACCUUAAAAUUGCUCAUAAAGUUGGAAUUUGUCCCUAAUCGCCCCAUUUUACGGUAUAGGUCCUGUAAAUACUGAUUAUACUGAUUGAGUAUUUUAAUAUUUAAGGAUAGUAUUACGAUAGAUAAUAAGUACACUAUUCGUAUUACAAAAAUGUCUAAAAAUCCUAAUACAACAAUAAGGUUUUUUAUAUUAACAGGCGAUCCUGGCAUCGGUAAAACUACUCUGACCAAGAAAAUAUCUUCGCUCUUAGAAGCAGAAGGUGUAAAAGUUAAUGGUUUUAUUACUGAAGAAGUCAGAAAUAAAGGAGUAAGAGAAGGCUUCGAUGUGGUUACUAGUGCAGGAGUCAGGGGCCGUUUGGCUAGGGACCAAGAUCUCAUCACUAUCCCUAUUAAGCGCAAAAUUGGUAAAUACGGGGUUUUUAUUGAAGAGUUUGAAAAUAUUGCAUUGCCAUGUUUAAACGAGACAACAUCACAACCAAACUUACUAGUAAUAGAUGAAAUUGGAAGCAUGGAAUUAUCUAGUAAAAAGUUUAAAAAUGUAAUCGAAAAUAUUUUUAGUUCUGAGCAAAAUUCUUACAAUGUUGUGUUGGCAACCAUACCUGUUAAAAACAGGUCUGCUCUUGUGGAGAACAUUAGAAGUCAUCCUAAAGCUAAAGUUUGGGUGAUUACAAAAAAGAAUAGAAAUAAACUACAUGAAGAAGUUAUAAACGAAAUGAAAUCUGUUUUGAGUUUGAUUUAACUUUAUUCAGUUGCAUGAUAUAAUGUAACAAUUAUAUGAAUAUUUUAAAAUUAAAUAGCAGUGGUGAAAUUGCAACAAAUUCUUAGGCAGUGUGCUAAGAGAGCUCAAAGAUUUUUUAAUUUAAGGAUGAGAGAAGUUUAGAGCAAAAUUUCAAUUAGCAGAAAGAUUAAGUUUAUGCUCUUGAGGCUUCUUAAUUUGUCUAUAGAAUACAAUGUGGGCAUGUAUGAUGAUUUGGUGGGAUGGGAGUAAUCAAAAGUAACUUACACAUCAAUUCAGAUGUAUCAAGAUAUAAUUCUUUAGACAGUAAUUAACUAUCUUAACAGAUCAUGAUCCAUACCUAAAAACAGUUCUUUCAGCAAGAAAGGUCAUAAGACUCACUCCUUGCAAGUGUUGUUAUAAACUUUUCUGACAUCAUCAGAGUUGAAGACUGGCUAUAUCUAGUCCCGAUUUUAAUCUGUUUGAAUAUGCUCUAUGAUCAAUUUUAGAGAACAAAGCUAGCUAUAAUUUGGCUCUUAAUAAGAUUGAAUUUUUCCAUAUGAUACAAUAGAAAAAAAAAAAAUUGUAGAGCAGAAAAAUUUAACAGAUUUACUAUUUAUUGUUAGAAUUAA